UAAGUCGUCGCUAUAAAUUAUAUUGCUCGCGGAGGAUCUCCGGCUCGUAAUCCUUCUUCUUUUCCUGCUUUCCUUGUUUCCAUGGCCGCAAUGGCGCCGCCCAAAGACUUCAAUAUCCACAUGCUCUUUUUCCCUCUCAUGAGCAAAAGCCAUACACUCCCAAUGGUUGAGAUGGCCAAGCUUUUCGCCGCCCGCGGUGCCGGCGUAACCAUCCUCAUCACCCCGCUUAACGCCUCCCUCGUCUCCGGUGCCGAUUCCUCCAUCCGCAUCCACCUCAUCCCUUUCCCUUCCAACUUCUCCUCUUCCCUUCACACUGUCUCCGACCUCUUCAUGCCCUCCCUAAGCACCGAGACCAUCCUCCGCGACCCCUUCGACCAGGUCCUCAAAGAACUCCGCCCCGACUGCGUCGUCUCCGACCUCUUCAUGCCGUGGACUUACGCCGUCGCGGCAGCUCGUGGCGUGCCUAGGCUCGUCUUCGAUGGUUUCGGUUUCUUCGCCCGAUGCCUCGAAGACGCCUUCUUGAAACAAAACCCCUUACAGAAUCUGUCGCCGGAGACCGAUUCCAUCGUCCUUAACGGACUUCCACACCGCAUGCAGUUUCUCAGAUCUCAGUUCCCUGAUCCCGACGAAUGGGCCAAGCCGACGCCUUUAUCCCAGAUAUGGAAUCAGGCGGCGGAGGUCGAUCCAAAGAGCUACGGCGUUGUUGUCAAUAGCUUCUAUGAGCUUGAACCGGAUUAUGUUAACCACUACAGGAAUGUGAUCGGCGGUAAGGCGUGGGCCGUCGGCCCUGUUGGGCUCUGUAAUCAUGGCUCUGUUAAAAAUGAUAAUGAAUGCUUGAAAUGGCUUGAAGGGAAGAGUCCCGGCUCAGUCGUCUACAUUUGUUUUGGGACCUUGAGCGAUUUCUCUUCUACCCAGCUAAGAGAAAUUGCUCUUGGAAUAUUGGCUUCCGGCCAUCCGUUUAUUUGGGCUGUGAGAAACACGAGCAAUGAUUGGAUUCCUGAAGGAUUUGAAGAGAAGAUAGAAGGAAGAGGGCUUCUGAUCAGAGGAUGGGUGCCGCAGUUACUGAUACUGAAUCAUCCAUCGGUGGGAGGCUUUGUGACGCACUGUGGAUGGAAUUCGUGCCUUGAAGCAAUUUCGGCUGGGUUGGCAAUGGCGACAUGGCCAUUAUUUGGAGAGCAAUUCUAUAACGAGAAGAUGGUGGUGGACUUGCUCGGCAUCGGAGUUGAAGUGGGGGCGAAGGAGUAUGGUCUGAUGACGGAAGACAGGAAGGAGGUGGUGACGGCGGCGAUGGUGGAGGCGGCUGUGCGGAAACUGAUGGGAAAAAGCGAGGAGGCGGAUGAGAGGAGGAGGAAGGCUAAGGAGUUGGGGUUGAAGGCCGGGAGGGCGGUGGCGAAGGGUGGUUCGUCGUACAAUGAUGUCGGAAAUUUGAUUCAGGAGCUGAUGGAGAAGAAGGAAAGCGGUUUCUAAAGCUGGGCGCAUUAAUUUAUGGCUUUGAGAGUGGUUAUUACUUGUUAGGGGUUUUGCUGUAGUAUCUGUACUUCUUUUUCCUUGCAUGGUGUGACGGUGAUAUCUUAUCUCUAUCUUUUCAGUAGGGCUGCAAACGAUUUGAGCGAGUCGAGUAUGUGAGUGUUCAUGUUUGUGUUCAUUUAAUAUUAGCUUGUUCAAGUUUGGUUCA